GCCAGAGCGAAACACAAGCGCCUCCUUGUUCACAUAGUUACAAGUGAGCGCUUUAAGCAAUCCAAGUUAGUAUGUAGUAACAAAUCCAACUUUUACUCUCACUCUCCAGUGAUAUGACAGAUUAACUCAACAUGUCAAUGAAGAGCCUGAAGUCCUCAAAGUUCACCUUCCAGUCAUCAGUGCACAGUUCCCAUGUUCUCCAAUGUCUGAACGAGCAGAGGAAGAAAGAUCUUCUUUGCGAUGUGACAGUUGUGGCGGAGAACCAGAGUUUCCGGGCCCACUGUGCAGUUCUGGCCUCCUGCAGUGUUUUUUUUAGUGCUCGGGUGUCCAAUCAUACAACACCUCAAGGCCUUGUCAUCAACCUCCCUGAUGAGGUGACUGCAGAGGGAUUUGAACCCUUAUUGGAGUUUGCCUACACCUCAAAACUCAUCUUUACCAAAGAGAACGUGUUGGAAAUUCGUAACUGUGCUUCUGUCCUUGGCUUCAAGAACUUGGACAAAGCCUGCUUUGACUUCCUUCUCCCCAAGUUUUUUGACAGCAGCAGAAGUGCUUCAACAGUCCAGAGGAAGCAAUGCUGCAAGACCAAAUGCUGUAGAUCACGAGACACUGAGUUGAACCUGAUUAACAAAGAGGACGUCAAUGAUAAAGGCAAAUCUUUACUUCAACCCUCACAGUUUCAGUUCAAAGAAAAGGAACCAUCUUGCCCUCCCUCUGUGCCCAUUGAGGAUGCACCAGGAAGCUGUCACAAUGUUCAAAGCGAGAAUAACAUAGACUACUCCCUCCUAUGCCCAAAGUACCGGAAGUUUCAAAUAGCUUGUGGGAAGGAGCGAUCCUGUCUGGAUGUCUGUGGCUUGGAAACGGCCCCUGUUUCCCUUGAGAAGACAGAUGAUAACUGUCCCCUAGCCUGCUUUCCCUGCUCAAGCAAUGAAUACAUCAAGGAGAUCUCAAAAUGCAGUAAAACAUCUCUCAAUGAAGAUGAAGAUUCGCAAUUGUCAAAAUGUUGUGCUCCAUCUAUUUGUGGCCCUUGCAGUCCUUGCAUGGGCCAGCCAUUAUUACAAGGCUGUAGCGAGUCAACACAGUCCAUUUGUGUCUCAGAAGUCUCGGCUAAACAGGAAAUGCCCUUUUGCUCAGAAAUGAAUGAUGCAGAAAGCACUGUUAGGUGUAAAAGUGACAUAGAGACUUGCUCUCCUGACCAAAGCAACACCCUGAGAAGUAGAGAGGAAAUAGAGGUGGCCAGACAGCUCAUGUUCUGGCCAGAUUCUUGUCCCACCCAGGGAUCUCCAUCUGGCUUUGGCUUGGUGGGGAAACCCUCAAACUUCAAGUGUCUGAAGAGCUGGCACCUGGAUCCCAACGCUGUGGAGUGUCCCUUCCUGCAGGAUUUUGGUGCAGUGGGUGCUCAACUACACGAUGGGGAGGGCGGAUCUAUGUCACAGGGGAGUCCAUACGUACCGUCCAACCAAUCAGGGGAGGACUCUGAUAGUUUUGACACAGAGGGGGACAGUGAGUCUUACAGCAGUGAACGAGUAUGUGAGAUUGGGCUGCCGCUCUCUGUGCAGCAGAUCGUGUCUUUAAGCAGGAAUGACUUCCAGCAGAUGCUGAAGCAACAGUGCUUGACUCGGGAGCAACUCGAGGUCGUGCAUGACAUUCGCAGACGAAGCAAGAACCGUAUUGCAGCUCGACGCUGCCGCAAGCGGAAACUUGACUGCAUCCAUAACUUGGAGUGUGAAAUCGAGAAACUGAGGAGCGAACGAGAGAAGCUGACAGCUGAGAGGAUGCAAUUGAAUCAGAUGAAGGGGAAGGUCUGGCAGAGUUACUCAGGCUUGUAUGAGAGGGUCUGUGCUGAAGCCGCACUUAGACCAGAACAGCUUCAGGGCACUAAUGAAGAAAAUAUCAUGCAGUUGGUCUGCUGUAAAAAGACAAGUGAUGCUUUGCGCCAGGAUUGUGGUCAUGCAGCGAAUCAUAAGACAUCAAAAACAUCACCUCAGCAAUGAGUUUCACACUCAUAAUUCUGGCCAUGUUGUAUCAGUGAGUCCACAAAAAUCAGCAUUAUUUACCUGGUUUACUGAAGCUGAUCCUGAAAUACAGUGGCAAGAAAAGGUAUGUGAACCCUUUAGAAUUACCUGGAUUUCUGCAUUAACUAAUUAAUUAGAAUUAUAUUUAUUUAUCACACAUUAUACAUUUCCACAUAUACAGUGAAAUUCUUUUUUUUCACAUAUCCCAGCUAAGCUGGGGUCAGAGUGCAGGGUCAACCAUGAUACAGUGCCCCUGGAGCAGAUAGGGUCAAGGGCCUUGCUCAAGGGCCCAACGGUGGCAUCUUGGCCAUGCUGGGGCUUGAACCCCCGACCUUCUGAGCAGUAACCCAGAGCCUUAACCACUGAGCCACCACUGCCCCCAUGUUGCAGAUGCAAUGCAAUGCAAUGCAAUGCAAUGCAAAUCCUUUGGAAUUAUCUGGUUUUCUGCAUUAAUUGGUCAUAAAAUAUGAUCUAAUCUUUAGCUCAGCCAUAUUCUUAGGAUGUCUGGUGUGAAUGGCUCUCUUGAGGUCAUUCCACAGCAUCUCUAUUGGGUUAACGUCUGGGCUUUUACUGGGCCACUCCAAAGGUGGAUUUUCUUUUUUUAAGCCAUUCUGUAGUAACUGGUCAUAAAAUGUGAUCUCAUCUUCAUCAAAGUCACAAGUAUAGACAAACACAACGUGUUUAAGCUAACAACACACAAACAAUUAUAAUCUUUCAUGUCCUUACUGAACACAUCCCAUUAAACAUUCACAGUGCUGUGGAAAAAGUAAGCAAACCCUUGGAUUUAAUAACUGGUCGAUCCACCUUUGGCAGCAAUAAACUCAACCAAGCGUUUCUGGUAACUGCAGAUUAGACCUGCACAACAUUCAGAAGGAAUUUUGGACCAUUCUUUCUUACAGAACUGUUUCAGUUCAGCCAUAUUCUCAGGAGCUCUGAUGUGAACGGCUCUCUUGAGGUCAUUCCACAGCAUCUCUAUUGGGUUAAGGUCUGGGCUCUGACUGGGCCACUCCAAAAGGUGGAUUUUCUUUUUCUGAAGCCAUUCUGUAGUGGAUUUACUUUGAUAUUUAGGGUCAUUGUCCUGCUGCAUCACCCAACUUCUACUGACACACAGCCACCCUGAAAUUAUCCUGUAGGAUAUCUUGAUAAACUUAAGAAUGAAUUUUUCCCUCGAUGAUAACAAGCGGUCCAGACCCCGAAACAGCAAAGUAGCCCCAAAUCAUGAUGCUCCCUCCAAUGUACUUCACCGUUGGGAUGAUGUUUUCAUGUUGGCAUGCGGUGCCCUUUUUACGACAUACGUAGUGCUGCGUGUUCUUCCCAAACAAUUCGACCUUAGUUUCAUCAGUCCACAAAACAGUUUCCCAGUAGUGUUUUGGAGGGUCACGGUGGUCUUUGGCAAACUUCAGGGACGCAGUAAUGUUUUUGUUGGAAAGCAGCAGCUUCCUUUGUGGUCUACUGCCAUGGACACCAUGCCUGUUUAAUGAUUUCCGUAUAGUGGACUCAUAAACAGAGAUGUUAACCAGUUCCAAUGAUUCCUUCAAGUCUUUAGCUGUCACUCUAGGGUUCUUUUUUACCUCAUUGAGCAUUCUGUGGUGUGCCCAUUGAGUCAUCUUGGCUAAACGGCCACUUCUAGGGAGAGUAGCCACAGUACAACAUCUAUAGACAAUUAAAUUUAUAGACAAUUUGUCUAACUGUGGACAGAUGAAUAUCUAAGCUUUUCGAGAUAACUUUGUAACCCUUUCCAGCUUUAUGCAAAGCAACAGUUCUUGAUAGUAGGUCUUCUGAGAUCUCUUUUUUACGAGGCAUGAUCCACGUCAGCAGAUGCUUCUUGUGAAUAGGAAACUCAAAAUGUUUGAGUGCUUUUUAUAAGUCAAAGUAGCUCUAACCCACACCUCCAAUCUCAUUUAAUUAAUUGGAUGCCAGGUUUGCCAACUCCUGACUCUAAUUAGGUUUUGUUGACGUCAUUAGCCUAUGGGUUCACAUACCUUUUCCAGCCUGCACUUUGAAUGUUUGAACGAUGUAUUCAAUAUGUACAAGAACAAUACAAUAAUUUAUGUGUUAUUAGUUAAAACAUAUUGUGUUUGUUCAUUAUUGUAACUUGGAUAAAGAUCAAACCAGAUUUAAAGACAAAUUCCAAAGGGUUCACAUAUGUUUUUUUUGCCACUGUACCUAUUUUUAGCUCGCUUAUAAUUCUUCAUCACCCCCACCAGGAUGCUGCAUAUCUAGGUUAGUUAGAUAACAACACACUAUUUGUUUUCAUUCACUAGAUCUCUAUAUACCCAUCAAUUUCUAGCUCUCCUUUUUCACUUGACCUCAGGUCAUCAACAAAGAUCAGAGACACAGAGGCAAUCUGAAAAGGUCUGAAUAUGCAAAAGAUGACCAUGCAGAAGAAAUUAACUGGUCAAAUUAAUCAGAAGUACCACAGUAAUGCUAAAAUACUUCUAAAAAUAUGGACAAAUGUAUAUAAACGAAUAGUUCAACCAUAAAUUAAAAUUCUGUCAUCAUUUACUUAUCCUCAUGUUGUACCAAGCCUGUAUGUCUUUCAUUUUCCAUAGAACAGAAUAGAUUAUGUUUUUCAGAAUUUAUAAGCUGUUCAUUACCAUACAAAACAAUUAGAGCUGUCAAGUUCCAGAAAAGAAAAAAAAGCACAUAAAAGUAUCAUAAAAGUAGUCCUUAGGUUAUACGGCUCAUUUUCUAUAUUCCAAGUCGUAUGAUAGUUUUGUGUGAGGAACAGACUGAAAAUCUUACCCUCCGCCGUAACUCUCAAAUCUCAUUCAUGCUUGUGCACAUUCAAACUUGGUACAGUACAUUGCAAUCGGUCACCAGACAUGCAAGAACUAAUGAUAUUUCACACUGACAUGAAACCUAACACAAUGCAUCUCGAGGUGGCAAUUUUGAAUAUGUGCAAGUACAAAUGAAAUAUGAGAGCUUCGGCGGAGGGGAAGAGUUUCAGCGAAUAUCAAAUUAAAUUGCAGCCUAUUCCUCACACAAUGCUUCAGAAGAUUUGUAAUAAGCACAAGUUUUAUGGACUAAUUUUAUGGUGCUUUUUAAAGCUUGAGAGCCCCUGGUCAUUGUGUCUUUUUUUGUAUGAAAAAGAUAUCAAUCCUUUUGUGUUCCACAGAAGAAAAAACAUCAUACAGGUUUGGAACAACAUGAGAAUUUUUAUUUUUAAUAAAAAGUUAACAAACAAGAACGAGACAUAAUUUUGCUUCUAAACUAAUUGCCUCUCAUUUACACAGAGUGUCUUGAUGUCCCAUAAGUCAUCGCUAUUAACACUGCUGUCUCACCUAGCACAUGGACUUGCAUUGCACAAAGGUGACUGUUAUUUGGCAUAAGAGGACAGUCAUUAGCUGUAAUGGAGUACUUGGCCUUGUGUAUGUGUACUCCUAUGGUUUAAUGUGCAUUUGAGAGUCCUCUUGAGAGUGCUAGAGCGACAUGGCCUGCACCUGUACCUCUUUUUCAUACCACAGACAGAAUCGUUUUAUCACAGCCAAAUGGUUUGGUGUGUGCCAGGUUUAGAACAACAUGAGAGUGAGAAGAUGACAGAAUUUUCAUUUUUGGGUGAAGUAUUUCCUUAAAGGGAUAGUUCACACAAAAAUAAAAAUAAUUUCAUAAUUUACUCACCCUCAAGCCAUCCCAGAUGUGUAUGACUUACUUUCUCCUACUGCACACAAACAAUGAUUUUUCAAGAAUAUUUUCAAGAAUAUUUCAGCCCUGGAGAUCCUCACAAUGCAAGGGAAUUGUGGCUAGAACUUUGAAGGUCCAAAAAGCAUAUAAAGCAGCAUAAAUGUAGUCCAUAAGACUCCAGUGGAUAAAUCCAUAUCUUCAGAAGUGAUAUGAUAGGUGUGGGUGAGAAACAGAUCAAUAUUUAAGUCCUUUUUUACAAUCAGUCUCCACUUUCUCACAUUCUACUUUUGUUUUUGGCGAUUCACAUUCUUCGUGCAUAUCACCACCUACUGGGCCGGGAAAGAGAAUUUAUAAUUAUGUUAUAAAAAAAUGUUGAUCUUUUUCUCACCCACAAUAAUUAAUUUCAUACAAGUUAGAAUUCCAAAUAAACAUAUCAGCUAUGUACUUCAUACAAGUAAAAUUGAUAAUACUGAUAUCAAUGAUUACAUUGUAAUGUAGUGAAAAUGUCUAUUCCUGAUAUCAACUAUUUAAUUACAACUAGUAAAAAUGCUACUUUUUGAUACCUGUAAAUUAAUUUUAAUAUGUUAAAUUCAGUAUUUCAAAUAUCUGGAAAUGAAUUUCAGAAAGCAUAAAAUUAUAAUUAUAAUUAAAGAUAUCGUAAAAGGUGUUCUUACUAGUUACAAUGACAUUAGGUAUUUGAAAUUAACACUGCAACUAGUGAAAAUGUUCAAAAAUGUGCAUUUUUACCUGUCAAUAAAGUAACACGGGUGAGAGUGAAAAUACCAGAUUUUAUCAGUACUUUCCUUCUUUAACACAAAAGCUUUCAAAAGGAAUUUAAGUUGUUUGUGAAUGUUAGUUCAAAGUGCGAUUCUCAAUGGCGCCAUACCAUUGCUGAAGAAACAAAGAGAAUAAUUGUUUAAAAGCACUUUCCUUGUCCCAAAUGGCAUCCAUUACCAUUAAAACACAAGCCUACCUGACUGAUCAGUCAUUAUCGUAGAAGUGACACCAUACUCUGUUCUGACAGAUAGAUAGCCUUUGUUCUCAUGAGACGCUCUGAUUAGUCAUUGCAGAGGCACUUAGUAGAGAAGCAGAACUUUGGAUCAGAUCUGCAGGGGUUUCUUUAUUAAAGCUGACUGCAGAUUGAUAUCAGGAAAAACAUCAAUCUGACCCUCGGCUAUUACUGAGAUGUUGUUUAACUGUAAUUUGUUGCAAUAAAAACUAAUCUGACUCGGAUUUAGGAGGUUAUCAUACGUUUAAUCUAAAUCUAGCAUAUUAAAUAUUCAUGAGUUUAAGGUGAUUCUCUUCACAUUUAUGCAUGACCAUUUUAAAAUCGAGUAGGUUUUAAUUUGGGGGGAGAAAACAUUUCAAUAUACAUGAUAAUAGCCCUUGCUUUUAAAGCAAGGACUCCAUGAAAGUCGUUUUCAAUGACUCUCACAUGUGCUCAGAGAAGUCUGAGGGCUUUGAAUCUGACUGCCAGUCCUGAAUGGCCUGCAGCAGUCCUUAUCUUCUUCUGUGUGAAUGGCUCUUGGUCUCUCUAAAGUCCUAUAAUUUUGCCUCAGGCAAAAACUGAGCUAGAAAUUGCAUGGUGUUUGUGGUCUGAAGGGGUAGACUUAUAUAUUUAAUCUGAUUUACAGUAUGUAUGCUUGAAAAGGGAUGCCAACAUGCCCAGAUGGCCCACAUAUACAUAUUUGAGGAUAUAACAAUUUUGGACGACCAUGCAAAAAAACAAACAAAAAUCUUUUAGAUUUUCUGACAUGCAUUAAGAUUAUACCAUGUCUGAUGUAUUAUUGAACAAAAGGCAUUGUUCUUGCAUUGUUAGGUUAAAAAUGGAAAAAGUAAUGCUGAAAUAGUCUUGCUCUACAUUCUCUUGUGGAACAGUUGCUGAGGGGUGACUUAAAGGUGAAGUUUGUAAUUUUUUUUAAGUUAAAAUACUUUCUCGUAUCCCUAAGUAUGCCAUUCAUAGGUUGAUUUCACUGAAAAGUGUAAACAAUGUGGCUCUGUGGCACUUUCAAAAAGUUGUGCUGUUUGUUUGAGCAUCCCGUCCAUCCAGAUGCAGCAACAUAAGCUCAAAAAAUGGAAUGAGUUUAGGGUGGACCCGUUUUACCUGACCAAUGGCAGCCGAGGGGAGUGUUUUGUAGAGAGCUCCUUAGAGGUCAGGGAGGGAGCUUGUUUUCUGAAAUAGUUUUGUGUUCCUUUGCAAUAGCUUUAUUCAUCCCUUAUGAAAAUAAACAUGAAUUUACUACAGUACUAUAGUUCAACUAUUAUAUUUGUUCUAAAAACAGAGCCACAAAAUGUACCAUGGUUUUACUACAGUAACCAUAUUUUAACCAUGAUAUUCAUAGUAAAAGCAUAGUAAUAAUAAUAAUAAUAAUAAAAAAAAAACUUUGGUAAUAAAAAUCAUUAAUAAUCAUUCUAGCAAAAAAAAUAAUAAAAAAUUUAUAAAAAUAAAAUAAAAAAUAAGAGUUUAUUACAGUUUUACUAUACUAACAUCAUGGUAUUUAAAACCACAUUUAAAAAAAAAAAAAAAAAAAGAAAAACUUUUUGUGUGUGUGUGGUAAGAACUAUAGUUACUGUAGUAAAACCAUGGUAAAUUUUGCAUAACUAUCGUUUUACUAGAAAUACCGUAGUUCUACUAUGGUUACUAUAGUAAAACCAUGGUUAAUUUUUUAUAAGGGAUGGAUAAAGCUGUUGCGAUGUAGUCCAAAAUAACCUUUGGGAGGGAAUGAAAAAAUUAGAGAAAGCAAAACUAUUUCAGAAUAUAAAUUAUCUCCCUGUUUUUAAAGGGGCUCUGUAGUUUUGAAAACCACUUAGCAAACAGCUACUUUUGCAAUUCCAUUAAGUGCCACUAGAGGCACAGAGAUUACACAUUUCAAUU